GUGUAUAGUGGUGCAUGGGUUUCAUGGAUUUAUUUCCAACCAUCUGCUCGGCCCUGCUUCUCUUCUUAUGCUGGCGCUGUCUCGUUCCUUUGGCUCUCAUCAUUUUUCGCUACACUGCUGGUCAGAAAUUAUAUAGUAAACGGAAGAAACUUCGCACAGCUGGAGAAUGGGCUAUAAUAACCGGUGGUACGGAUGGUAUCGGUCGGGCGUUUGCCGAGGAGCUCGCCUCAGAUGGACUAAGCAUUAUGCUGAUAAGCAGAAAUAUCACCAAGUUGGAGUCGGUUUCGACUGAAAUAAAAACCAAAUAUAACGUUCCUGUCAGGUAUAUCGUGGCCGACUUCACCCAAGUUGAUAUCUACGAGUCUAUAAGAGACGAACUCUCCACUCUGUCCUCAAUCGCAUGCUUGAUCAACAACGUUGGUAUGGUGAACGUCGAUCCGGUGGAGUUUGCUCUUGACGAUGACAUGCGUGUCGAAAAAGUUCAACAAUUCCUUGCUUGUAACUGCCUCUCAGCCGCAUCUUUGACGCACAUUGUUCUACCUCGCCUAGUGGCACAGAACUCCGGAUCCGCCGUCAUCAAUGUCUCUUCGUUCAGUGGGUGUACUCCGCUACCAUACCUUACGUUAUAUGGAGCCACCAAAGCAUUUGUCCGCCAGCUGUCGUGCUCGUUGGAAUUCGAAUUGCGUGGUAAGAACAUCAUUGUCCAGACUCUCGCUCCCAUGUAUGUGGCGACAUCGAUGGUUCGCGAUAAACGCGGCACAUUCAUCAUAUCGCCAAGACAGUGCGCCAAGAGUUCGUUGGACAUGUUGGGAGUUGAGACUUUGUGCAUGGGUCAUAUCAUCCAUGCGCUGCAGAUCUUCUACUUUUCAUUAGUGCCGCAAUCUCGUUUCAAUGAGUCGAUGCUAGGCAAAUUGCAACGUGCUCGAAUCCGGAAGAGCCAAGUCGGUUAAACAUUGUUUUCACUAUCAACACUAUUUUGGUAACCUUAUUUCCUACGCGUUACUUAACUGAUCGGUUCCUCUUUCAUCUUUCACCUAACAGCUUUCAUCCACAACCGAUUAAAGCCAAAUUAUAUCACAUAUUUUUUACACCGACAUGUUUUGUUGUAGACCUCGUUGGAUUUUACUACAUAUUGCAUACAGAGUGCCAUAACUAUUAUGGUGCGUUCUCCUCCCAAAUAACCCUUAAUCAUCCUUAUUGCCACAAGUCACUCGUUCGCACUAUGCAAACGUAUUUGCUUAAUACUAUUGUUGCAGUUUUUAAUCUCAAACUUUAACUGCACGUAUCUCGGCUCAAACGUAACAUUUUUGUUAGUUAUAAAAACUAUUUGAA